CGGAUCGUAUGCGCGUUGAUAUCGUGAGACAGAUUCGAGUACUCGUCGUAAAACAAACUAGCAGUGAAUGCAACAUCUUUGCGAUUAAAGAUUUGCGCUGAACAGGUGUGUCAUUAACUUAGACUGUGGGUAGUCCCGACUUCUAAUAUUUGGACACCUCAACCAACUUCUAACAAGUUCCACCCUUGAGCAAUGAGUCGACGUGACAGUGGGGCCUCCUCCAUCGCCAGCAGGCGGAGUAGGAGGUCCAACACAGGGGGAGGAGAGGGGGACAGCCAGCGGAGCAAGGAGGCCAAGUUCUUUGAGGAAUGCCGGGUGGCCUACCUAGCGGUGCUAGAUGACACACAUCAAGAUAUCACAUCCAGAAAACAGCUUGCAUUAGUUCUUCAGCAGUCAGGUAGAAAUCCUUCCCAAAAGACACUGGAUAAAUAUUGGACUACAAAAACAAAGAAGCUGACGUACAAUGAGAUCUGCGACAUUAUGCGGAAGGAGAAGCCCACCACCACCAGUGACCUCCUCAAUGCCUUCAAGAAGUUUGACAUCAACGGUGACGGAUUCAUCACUCACGAUGAGCUAUCACGGGUACUCACCAAGCGAGGGGAGAAGAUGACGUCGAAGGAGGUUGAGGCCAUGAUAGCGGAGGCCGACGAUGACGGAGACCGGAAACUCAACUAUAAUGAGUUCUGCAAGAUGCUGAUGUCAACAACCAGCAAGUGUCGGCAGCUGUCCAAGGAGAAGGUGGACAAGAAGGUGACCAACGAGAGGAAGUCCAAGGAGAAGGAACAGCCUGCUGCCAGAAAAGAAACAAGCCCUGCCCCCCAUCCACGGAAGCGAGCCUCCAUUAACAAGACUCUCCCUCCAGUCACCAAGGUAGCGCCCAAGGCCACGGAGCCACGGAACCUCAAGACGUGGCACCAAGCUCGGCGGAAGGGCUGUUGCUUGUUUGAGGAGCAUGGCAAGAUCGUCGCGCACCAGUACGUCCUGGAGGUGUCCACGUCUACAGCCCUCUGGCUGACCGUGAAGCCCAUGAACCUACACCCGGAAACAGCAUCUGACGGACCUCUUCCAGACAUCCGCAUUUACCUUGUGCGACAACGAGACGACGGAACUUUAGGAGACCUAGUGGCCUUCACAAACAUGAAAAACCAACAGAAAUACUGUCUCCACCAAGAGUUGAAGGCGGGUUCCUACCGGCUGUUGCCCAUGACAACGGGCUGUCGCUUCAAGCCGAGAGAGAGGCAUCCCAAGAGCAAAGCGGAACUCACCAGGAAGGAGGGAGAUGAGUAUGUCAUGCUGAAGCCAUUCAGGAAUGCCCUGGCAGACAUUUUUGAGUUGGUGGAUCUGGAUGGCAACGGCACCUUGAGUAGGGAGGAGUUCAACGUCUUCCAGCUGAGGACCAGCGGGGAACAAGUUGACGACGAUGCUUGGGAAGUUGUGGAAGAAAACUUUGAGUUGAAGAAGGGCGAGCUGACAAGGAAAGGUUUUAUGGACCUGAAUCAGAUGGAAGCCAACGACCUACAGGGGGACACCGAUGACCUCUGGGUCACCCUACACUCCAUGGGAUUUGCAGAUGACCUGAAGCUGGACGAGGCCCUCCCAUUCGUCCUGGAUGCCUACACAGACAAGUGCAAGAGCCACAUCAAGGCCCUCCCACUGCAGAGCGGUGGCUCCGCCCUGGAGAGGGCUGUGUGCGACUCCGUCAUGAGUAUCGGCAAGGACAGAGUAACGAUAAAAGAGGCAGACAAUGCGGUGAUGCACUGCCUGGCGAGUGAUGCCAUUUUCUCUGUCUUGGUGGAAAACAAGUCCUCCAGCAAGUUCUCACUGAGGAUGGACUGCGGGAAGAGCAGCAAUUGUGAGAGCAGCCGGCGGGACCUGGAUCACACCCUAGUCGUCCCUCCAAGAGCAGCCGUGGUCGGUCAUCAUUUGAUGCCAGUGAAGGAAUCGGAAGAAUGGACCGUCAGGUGUACAGAGACGGUCAUCACGUGAUUGCACCUCUUCAUAUCCCAAGGCAAUGAUACCUACCUUCUGCAAGUCAAAGAUCAAAAAAACUACUGAAAACCAAAACUUAGUGCUUUUUUUAUGAUGGUGUGCACGUCUUCAGUAUCUCUAGAUAGAAUUAUCAAUCAAACACUUUGGAACUUUUACUUCGCUGUUUGGUCAUUUUACCUGCGUGAUUGACGGCCAUGUUGCAUCUCAGUUGAUUUUCUGAGUUUAGCUCGCGAUGAAUACAAUACCAAGCUGGACAAAAACAUUUUCUGUCGAGUGUUGUGUGGUAUUGCGAUUGCUAUUUUCAAAGAGCCGUUAUAUUUCUAGCAUUUAUAGUAGAUAGUAGUGGUCACCUGAGCCAAACUGCAUGUGUAAACUCUCUGUUGACAUGUUAGUGUGUACAAAGUCACAAAUUUCCACAAAAACCUUGUGAGAUUCUCUCGCUGGGCCAGGUCGUGUCACUCGGAGUUUCUGUUUUGCUCCAGUCUUGUAAACACCUGAGCAAUUUUCCCUUGUUUGCUGCUGUUGAAAUAAGCACUGACCUUAAAUAUCACCCUCACCUGUAAUAGCAUUGAUACGGAGCACAUCACCAUCUAGGUCUUUGUCAGGCUGUCUCCUCAUCUCCAGUUUAAAGCCUUCUAUACCCUCGGGGAGCUGAGAUGGUCUCAGUUACCAGGGAUAAUAAUAUAUUGGCAUCUUGGAAUAAGAAACUGUUCAGACACUGUGGUAAGUGCUUUGAUGUUAUCAUUUAAGCCUGUUCUUUUUUCUAAAAAGUUUUAAUCCCAAAGACAAUGCCAAGGAUUUACAGUGAGCAUGUUGCCUAGUGGCUAGGGCUUGUAACUCUUUUGGGGGUUCACACCCAGCAGCUGAUCCCAGGUUGGCCCAGGGCAAGUCACUUUGGUUCCACUUGCGUCUCUCCACUCAGGAGAAUAAAUGGGUACCUAUGAGGUGGUGAACCUUACUUCAAAGACACGCACCCACACUUACGUCAAGUACCCCUUUGGACAUUCCUUUGUUUUCAUGCAGUUAAGAACAUUCAGUGAAAAUACUCGGUUUUCUUGAACUGGGAACACAAUUUUCAGCUGGAUUUUUGUAAAAUGUUUCUUUGACUGUUCCUCUGCCCCAGUGUCCCUAGAGGACAAGAUGUUGUCACAACAUUGACAUCGCUGUCACCAGCGUUCUGGUGUGUUCAUUCAGCAAAGAUAGAUUAUGUAAACUUGUUGCGCUAUUGGCUCCUGAAGUGGUAUAUUUGUGAAAUCCAAAUCCUCUUUAAAAGUUAUUUAUUAGAGUACCUGUUGUAUUCACGAGUGCUGCGUGUCCGUCCACAGAGUUCUGUAAAUCUCAGUAAUUUGUAGCUCCAGCUCCACGGCAUGUGUGUAGCAAAUUAGGCCAAGUAUUCAUGGUGCAAUCACACCCGUCAGGUUGUUUUUAGAGAAAUUUUAGUCUUUAUGUCUGGCUAGACUAAUGAUAACUUAGGCUCAAGAAGAGGUAAUGUUAUGCAAGCUUUGUUUACUCUUUCUUCUCGCAAAUGAAUAAAAGCAAACAUUUCUUCAGAAAAAUAGUUUGCUUCGGCUCUCUAAACAAUCUUUCAGUGGAUUGAAAACCAUUAAUUUAAUCAAAAUCAGUUGAGCGUAUUCCAUCACUAUCAUCAAGCCAACUUUGUAUGAUUUCAGACCAAUCAUAUUGUGUGUGUAUACUUAUAUUUAUUUUACGGUAAAUAAAAGUAGAAUGAUUGAAUAAACACUUGUCCUUCACUGCAGUAAUUUA